AUAUGGUGAGAAGUGGGUGUUUCUUCAAAGCCUGCAAGUUCAGUUCUGUCUCUCGUCAGAGAAAAGGAGAAAGACAGAGAGAAAAAUGGAAGAAAUUUGGAAGCUAAGUCAUUUGUUGGUGACGGUAUUUCUAUACACUUUUGCAACCAUGAUGGUCGUUCCGGCCAUUACAGAUGUCACCAUGUCCGCUCUAUGUCCCGGUCAAGACGAGUGUUCUCUCGCCAUUUACUUCACUGGCUUUCAACAAAUCGUGACAGGAUUUGGUGCGUUGUUGAUGAUGCCAUUGCUCGGAAACCUGUCGGACAAGCUUGGGAGGAAGACUCUUCUCACUAUUCCCAUGGUUCUCGCUGUUGUUCCUCUUGGUAUAUUGGGAUGUGGGAGGUCAAGGAGUUUGUUCUACGUUUAUUUUGUGUUGAAAUGUAUAACAAGUACGAUUUGUGAAGGGAGUGUUCAGUGUUUAACUGUUGCUUAUGCGGCCGAUAAUGUACCGGAAUAUCGACGAGCUUCUGCAUUCGGAAUGCUAUCUGCCAUUGGAUCAGCUGCUUCCGUCUGCGGGACUCUCUGUGCUCGUUUUCUCUCAAUUCCAUCCACUUUUAAGGUAGCGGCUUCCACGGCGGCUGCUGCGACGGUGUAUAUGAGGUUUUUCCUUACUGAUUCUGUUGCUGAUUACAAUCUCUGUUCUCCGCUACUGUCUGGGGAGAAGGUAGAAUCUGUUUCUUCGGAUCCAGUUUCGUCCAAAAAAGAGAAAAUUAUUAUGACCUUGCCUUCAGUGAAGGACCUCUUUUCCCUAUUGAGGACUAGCUUGACAUUUUCACAAGCAGCCAUAGUUUCAUUUUUUGGCAAUCUCGCUGAUAUUGGACUUCAUGCUUCUAUACUGUACUAUUUAAAAGCCAGAUUUCAAUUUGACAAGGAUAGGUUUGCCGAUAUAAUGGUGAUUUUUGGGGUUGCUUCGACUAUUUCACAGGUAUUUUUAAUCCCAAUCUUAGUUCCUGUUCUAGAAGAGGGCAGGCUGCUCUCAAUUGGGCUCUUUUUCUUCUGCCUUCAGAUGCUUCUUUACAGCUUUGCUUGGGCUGAUUGGGUUAUCUAUGUUGGUGCAAUGCUUUCCAUUUUGUUCAUUUUCUGGCAACCUUGCUUGCAAAGCAUUGUGUCGAAACAAGUUGGUGCAAGUGAGCAGGGUAAGGCUCAAGGAUGCAUUUCAGGCAUAUCUUUAUUUGCGUAUGUUGUCUCUCCAUUAGUAUUCUCCCCUUUAACAGCUUUGUUUCUUUCUGAAAACGCUCCAUUUUAUUUCCCUGGAUUUAGCAUUCUAUGCGCUGGAUCUUCUGCGAUGAUUGCAUUUGUUCAAAGUAUCCUGAUGAGGGCUCCUAUUAAAGCCAUGGAAACCAGUAGCAGCAGCCAUGGGGAAGCCUAAGUUCUUCCCCUGCUCAUAUUUUUAUCGUUAAAAUUUGUAAAUCUUUGAUUGUUUAUUUAAAAAGAAAUUAAGGGACGAUAAUAUUUCUUUCCCUAGAUAUAUUUAAUAAUAUUUUAUCUAUUUCUCUCUCA